AUUAUCUUAUUACAAAUUAGCAGAGUUAUUAAUUUCAUCGGAGUCAAUAACAGAAAAACCAAUAUAAAUAGGAAAUGAGGAUACAAAAUACAAGUCCACUAUGUACUUAUUGGGCUUUACACAUUCUGGACCAUCAACAAGCUUUAUAGAUGUUCACGUGCCAGUAAGGUCCCAGAAGAAAGAAACAAUGCGAUCUAUUAUUGCGUUGGUAAGGCAACGAGAUUGUUUCGUUCAGGCAAUACGUCGAACACCUGGUGUGUCAUAUUCACCUGCGUCGGAUCAUCAGCCUAACUUCAAAGCCUCGAACUUUCUCACUACCCUAAUCUCUUCGACGAAAUCUAGUGAAUCAGACGGAGACGAAGAAGAGCCCAACAAGUGUUUGUCUCUGAGAAUCGAGAAGCUACCGAAAGGAGUAACUGUUGGGUCUGCUUUGCAGAGCUGGAUGGGCGAUGGGUUUCCAGUUCAUGGUGGAGAUGUUUAUCAUGCUAUUAAUCGAUUGAGAAAGCUCGGUAGAAACAAACGUGCCCUUGAGUUAAUGGAGUGGAUCAUCAGAGAAAGACCAUACCGUCCCGGGGAGCUAGAAUACUCCUACUUACUCGAAUUCACAGUCAAGAUCCACGGCAUCUCGCAAGGCGAAACGCUCUUCACACGCGUCCCUCAAGAGUUUCAGAACGAGCUUCUCUACAACAACCUCGUCAUCGCUUGCCUAGACCAAGGCGUCAUGAGACUCGCCCUGGGAUACAUGAAGAAGAUGAGAGAGCUCGGUCACCGCACAUCACAUCUGGUCUACAACCGUCUUAUAAUCCGCAACUCGGCUCCGGGAAGAAGAAAACUCAUCGCCAAAGACCUUGCGCUGAUGAAAGCAGACAAGGCGGUUCCUCAUGUCUCGACGUAUCAUAUCUUGAUGAAGCUUGAGGCUAACGAACAUAAUGUUGAUGGUGUGCUAAAGGCUUUUGAGGGUAUGAAGAAAGCUGGCGUCGAGGCGAACGAGGUUUCGUAUUGUAUAUUGGCGAUGGCGCAUGCUGUUGCGAGGUUGUAUACGGUCGCUGAGGCCUAUACGGAGGAGAUUGAGAGGACUAUCACUGGGGAUAACUGGUCGACGUUAGAUGUGUUGAUGAUUCUGUACGGACGUUUGGGUAAAGAAAAGGAGGUGGAGAGAGCGUGGAAUGUUGUUAAAGGGUUUCAUCACGUUAGGUCAAAGAGUUACUUGCUAGCCACGGAAGCGUUUGGACGAGUAGGGAACUUGGAGAGAGCUGAAGAGGUUUGGUUAGAGAUGAAGAGCGUAAGAGGAGUUAAAGAAACAGAGCAGUUCAACUCUCUGAUGUCUGUAUACUGCAAACGCGGUUUGAUAGAGAAGGCAAUAAGUGUGUUCCGAGAGAUGACUGGAGAUGGGUGUAAGCCUAACUCGAUAACGUAUAGGCAUCUUGCUCUAGGGUGUGCUAAGGCCAAUUUGAUGAAGGAAGCUAUCAAGAACAUUGAGAUGGGUUCGAGUUUAAAGACGAGUAAGAGUGUGAGAAGCUCGACGCCGUGGCUGGAGACGACGCUAGCGAUCGUCGAGUGUUUUGCGGAGAAGGGUGAUGUGGAGAACUCGGAGAAACUGUUUGAAGAGCUGAAUAGUGCUAAGUAUAAUAGGUAUGCGUUUGUGUAUAACGCUCUGUUCAAGGCUUAUGUUAAAGGUAGGGUGUAUGAUCCUAAUCUGUUCAAGAGGAUGGUUCUUGGUGGAGCUAGACCUGAUGCUGAGUCUUACAGCUUGUUAAAACUUGUUGAACAAUAUAAACCCUGAUUCAUUCAAAGGCUGCUGCAUUUUUUGGGUAAAUCUUACAAAGUCUCUUAAGCUAAAGUUGAGUUAAGGUUAUAGGAUAAACAUAACAGCUUUGCAAGUACAUCACGGGCUCAAAGUCAAAGGGAGCUAGCCGUUCAAGUUGAUGGAGCCGUGGGAAGAAGCAGGGAAUCUAGCUCUGGCCUCUGGGCAGACAUGCUAUCAAGUGGACCAUUGGACCUUUAUCUCUUUUUGGGUCCUACCAGAGGGUCAAACAUGUAAAGGUCAAACCGUCGAAAUAUUCGUUCACACGGUCACAUGAUCCAAUGAGACAAAGGGAGGCUCAAAUGCAAUACAAUCAAUCAUACACAAAACCUCUUUUAUUUUCGCUUUUGUCCUGGAUUACCAAAUUGUCUUCAGUAUGCCAUGUUUCUCGAAAUUAUUGAGAUGAGAAUUUGUAUUUUGUAACUUUUUCUAAUAAUAAAUUAUUUAGUUAUUCUUCCAGAAUGAUUAAAAUAAUUACGUCGAAAAAUAAAUAUAAUUCUGCAUUUAAACAAAAUAAUAAAAAUUCUGUAAAUCGCUUUUGGGAUAGCAUGCAAAUGCAAUGCAUAUCAGCCAAAUUUUGUUUUUUGUUCAUUGUUUAUGUAUUUAUUUUGUUUCUAGUUUUUCAAAUAUACUAAAUUAUUACAAAUGGGCUAAACCAUUGAGUAAAAGUGGGCCUCUAUUUAAAGUUUAGGUUUAUUAAAUAGGAUUAAUCCAAAGAUAAAGUUGGUCAAGACCCACCAAAAAAACGAAUGGAGGGGAAAAAACAAUUGUCAACAACGGGGCCAUUACCUUGGACUAGAGAAAAAUUACAUGAGAUAUAUGCUUUUCAGAUAUUACUUUUGAUGGACUUUCUUUUUCAAAGUGUGACAGGUUCACACCAAACCGUUAUGCUUUAUUUCAAUUUUCAUUUUGGUUCAAAUAAACUUGGGGUUUGUCCCAUUAGUUCUUGUCUUUUGUGGAGUCAGCAAAUAGGUCGUAUGUGACCGUUUGAGAUCUCCUUUAUGUACCAGCUGACUACAGCUUUCAGGAAAUAAUCAGAAAAUCAUUUCAGUCA